AUGGCAAUGGAGAUCACCCAGUUUCUAAUGUCUGCUCAAUCAGCAGAUGCAGAGGUCCGGACUGAGGCAGAGGGUAACCUUAGGCUAUUCCAAGAGCAAAACCUACCAGGUUUUCUCCUAUCCUUGUCAGUUGAACUCUCCAAUGAUGCCAAACCGACUGAGUCUCGCAGGCUAGCUGGUAUCGUGCUUAAGAAUUCAUUGGAUGCUAAAGAUGCCACCAUGAAGGAACAACUUGUUCAACAGUGGGUGAAAAUUGAAAAUUUGUUCAAAUCACAAAUCAAAGGCUUGCUUUUGAACACCCUUGGAACUUCUGUCCGUGAGGCAAGCCACACUGCUGCCCAAGUAAUUGCCAAAAUUGCUUCAAUUGAAAUUCCGCAGAAGCACUGGCCAGAACUCAUUGGAUCAUUGCUUGUCAAUAUGACCCAGGAAGAUAGAUCCGCAUCAUUCAAACAGGCAACCUUGGAGACACUUGGUUAUGUGUGUGAGGAGAUAUCUCAUCAGGAUCUUGUGCAAGAUGAAGUGAAUUCUGUCCUAACUGCUGUGGUUCAAGGCAUGAAGGUUACCAAACAAAGUCCUGAAGUCCGCCUUGCAGCAACCAGGGCUUUGUUCAAUGCACUCGAUUUUGCACAGACUAACUUUGAGAAUGAGAUGGAGCGGAAUUAUAUUAUGAAGGUGGUUUGUGAGACGGCCAUGGACAAAGAGGCAGAGAUUAGACAGGCUGCUUUUGAAUGUCUUGUGGUUUGUGAGACGGCCAUGGACAAAGAGUCAGAGAUUAGACAGGCUGCUUUUGAAUGUCUUGUUUCAAUAGCAUCAACAUACUAUGAUGUGCUUGCCCCUUAUAUGCAGACUAUCUUUGAGCUCACAUCAAAUGCAGUUAAAGGAGAUGAAGAGGCUGUUGCUCUUCAAGCAAUCGAGUUCUGGAGCUCUAUCUGUGAUGAAGAGAUAGAACUUCAAGACUUUGAGGUUCCUGAGAGUGGGAGUUCUGUUCCUCCUCAUUCUUGCUUCAUUGAGAAGGCUCUAUCAUCUUUAGUUCCAAUGUUGCUUGAAACUUUACUGAAACAGGAUGAGGGUCAUGAUCAGGAUGAUGGCAUCUGGAAUUUGGCUAUGGCAGGUGGCACAUGUCUUGGUCUUGUUGCUAGGACGGUUGGCGAUGCUAUAGUGCCCCUUGUUAUGCCUUUUGUGGAGGCUAACAUAUUGAAGAUGGAUUGGCGAUCUCGUGAGGCAUCUACCUAUGCAUUCGGUUCAAUCCUUGAAGGCCCAAGCAUUGAGAAACUCUCUCCAAUGGUCCAUGCAGGCUUGGAAUUCCUGCUCAAUGCAAUGAGGGAUGAGAACAGUCACGUGAAGGACACAACUGCUUGGACUCUUAGUCGUAUAUUUGAGUUAUUGCACAGCCCAUCUUCUGGAUUUUCUGUGAUUAAUCCGGCCAACCUCCAACGUAUUGUGGGAGUCUUGUUGGAGAGCAUUAAGGAUGCUCCCCAUGUAGCUGAGAAAGUUUGUGGAGCAAUCUAUUACCUUGCUCAGGGCUACGAGGAUGCUGGGACAAGCUCCUCUAUGCUUACACCGUACCUUACGGAUCUUAUAGGUUGUCUUAUUGCCACUGCUGACCGAACUGAUGGCUGUGACUCUAAGCUGAGGUCUUCCGCAUACGAGACUCUAAAUGAAGUGGUUAGGUGUUCCAAUCUUUUGGAAACGUCUCAGAUCAUAAUAGAGCUUCUCCGUGUUAUCAUGGGUAAGUUGAAGCAAACAAUAGAGCUUCAGAUUGUAUCAUCUGAUGAUAGAGAAAAGCAAGGAGAUCUGCAAGCUUCUCUUUGUGGUGUCCUUCAGGUUAUUAUUCAGAAGCUUAGCAGUAUUGAUGAGACCAAAUCUAUCAUACUCCAGGCUGCUGAUGAUAUUAUGAGGCUGUUCCUUCAGGUUUUUGCUUGCCGCAGCUCUACUGUGCAUGAAGAAGCUAUGCUUGCUAUUGGUGCCUUGGCAUAUGCCACUGGGCAACAUUUUGAGAAUUACAUGCAAGAUUUCUACAAGUAUUUGGACAUGGGUCUGCAGAAUUUUGGGGAAUACCAGGUUUGUGCCAUCUCCGUUGGGGUGGUUGGUGACAUUUGCCGUGCCUUGGAUGACAAGAUCCUACCAUAUUGUGAUGGGAUCAUGACUCACCUCAUCAAUGAUCUCAAGAGUGGUGAACUAAACCGGUCAGUCAAGCCUCCCAUAUUCUCUUGCUUUGGGGAUAUUGCUCUCGCAAUUGGAGCACACUUUGAAAAGUACAUAAAUUAUGCACUACCCAUGAUGCAGAGUGCUGCUGAGGUGUGCGCCCAGAUGGAUGACACUGAUGAGGAGAUGAUGGAAUAUGGCAACCAGCUUAAGCGCAGCAUAUUUGAGGCCUAUUCUGGAAUUCUGCAGGGAUUCAAGGAUUCUAAGCCUGAUUUGAUGUUGCCCUACGCUCCCCAUCUCUUGCAGUUUAUGGAAGUGGUUUGUAAAGACCAACAAAGGGAGGAGAGCGUAACAAAAGCCGCAGUUGCAGUUUUGGGUGAUCUAGCAGAUGCUCUUGGGUCAAACAUAAAGAUGUUGUUCAAAGAUUGCUCAUUUUGCACGGAAUUAUUGGGUGAGUGUCUUCAAUCCGAUGAUGAACAGCUCAAGGAGACUGCAACUUGGACACAAGGCAUGAUUGGGCGCGCCUUUUCGGUUUGUGUGUGA